AUGUCGGACUUGCUGCUACUGGGCCUAAUUGGGGCCCUGGCUCUGCUGUUGCUGCUGACGCUGCUGGCCUUCAUCGGGUACUCGGGGCUGCUGGCAGAGGUGGCAGUGAAUGCUGGCUCACCCCCAAUCCGAAACGUCACUGUGGCCUACAAGUUCCACAAGGGAUCUUACAGCAAGACUGGGCACCUUUUCACCGAGAGCUGCAGCCUUUCUCCUAAACUCCGCUCCAUAGCUGUCUACUAUGACAACCCCCGCAUGGUGUCACCUGAGAAGUGCCGCUGUGCAGUGGGCAGCAUCUUAAGCGAAGGUGAGGAGUCACCCUCCCCUGAGCUCAUCCAGCUCUACCAGAAAUUUGGCUUCAAGGUGUUCUCCUUCCCGGCACCCAGCCACGUGGUGACAGCCACCUUCCCCUACACCACCCCCCUGUCCAUCUGGCUGGCUACCCGCCGUGUCCAUCCUGCCCUGGACACCUACAUCAAGGAGCGGAAGCUGUGUGCCCAUCCUUGGCUAGAGAUCUACCAGCAAGACCAAAUCCACUUCAUGUGCCCGUUGGCCCGGCAGGGAGACUUCUAUGUGCCUGAAGUGAAGGAGACGGAGAGGAAAAGCCGGGGGUCUUUGGAAGCUGACGACACCAUGGUAGAUGACACAGGGGCUGACACGAGUGACAAGAGUUCUGUCAGCCUGGAUGUGGGGCCUGGCAGCCGGGAGCCUUCAGCUGCCACGCUGUCCCCUGGGGCAAGCAGCCGAGCCUGGGACGAUGGUGACACCCGCAGCGAGCACAGCUAUAGUGAAUCUGGAGCCAGUGGCUCAUCCUUUGAGGAGCUGGACCUGGAGGGCGAGGGGCCCCUGGGGGAGCCACGUCUGGGUCCUGACGCAGAGUCCCUGGGGCCUGACAAAUGGCAUAGGGAGCCCAGUACUCCUGAGAAAGGCGAGGAGUAA